AUGGAUCGCAGUCCCGAGAGAAGCGAGCGCGGUUCCGACCGCGACCGUGAUAGGCAUUCCGAUAGAGAUAGGGACAGGGACAGGGAACGUUAUCGCGAGCGCAGCCGUGAGCGGGACAGGGACCGCGAUCGUGAUCGUGAUAGGGACCGCGGGCGCCGAGAGGAGGCCGUCGAUCCUGAGCGUGCCAUCUUCGUGGGCAACCUGGAUCCCUACACCACCACCGAGGAGGUGCGCGAAUUGUUCGAGGGCAAGGGCGACAUCCGCCGCGUGGACAUGAAGCAGGGCUAUGCGUUCGUUUUCCUCGAGAAUGGGCACCACAGGGCCGUGCGCGAGCUCGACGGCAGCCUUCACGGUCGCAAACGCCUUCGCGUCGAGCUUGCCCGUGGAGACGGCCUCAUCAAAAAGCGAGAAGACGAGAGGAGACGAGAUGCUGCCCGGCGUCCCAGCGAGACCCUGUUUGUGGUCAACUUUGAUGCCAUCUCUACUCGGGCCCGCGAUUUGGAGGAUCUUUUCAGCCCCUACGGACGCAUCGUCAGGAUCGAGUUGAAGAGGAACUUUGGAUUCGUCCAGUUCAGCGCUGUCGAGGAGGCCACCCGCGCCCUGGAAGCCCUCAACGGGACCAAGAUGGUGGACAGAGUCAUCAGCGUGGAGUACGUGGCUCGCGGCAGUGUCGAGUCAAGAGAGGGGGGAGAGAGAGAGAGAGAGGCUGAAUUCCGCCCCUCAAUCGCCCACGCCGGCGCAAAUUUGGGCGUGACCCACCACCUACGACGAGUUCCCCCAUCGUGCGCUUGCUCGCCAUCGCCCACUUCAUCACCCAAACCAUCAACGAAGCGCGACCGAAGCCCCAGCCCGCCCCGCGGCGGACGACCCUCUCCUCCCCGCGGCCGCUCCCGCUCUCGCAGGCGCCGCUUCGACGAUCCCUACGGCGAGAGGGACGCGCGCCGCGAUGACCCCUAUGCCAGCGGCGGGGACAGAGGUCGCGACAGCGGCAGCAGGAGAUACGACGACGCGCCCCGCCGCUUCGAGGAGUCCUCUUACCGCCACUAG